GGAGCCCGGUGCGCCGGGGGAAGGAGUUUCCAGCGGACCCGCCUCCCAGCCGCUUCCUGUUCUGCUCGCCGCACCGCCUCCUGCUGUGUCCCGGGACGGCGCCGGCCCCGUAGUCCCCGGAGGUGCCCCGUGGUGCCACCUGCACCAUGCAGUCCCGCCUCCUUCUCCUCGGGGUCCCGGGCGGCCUCGGCGAUGUGGCCUCGCGGCGCGUGCGACUGCUCCUGCGGCAGGUGGUGAGGGGCAGGCCCGGUGGGGACCGGCAGCGACUGGAGGUCAGACUGAUGCACGCCGCCGGGGUGACAGACUCAGGUGAUACAGUUAAUAUUGGAGAUGUGUCCUACAAGCUGAAAACACCCAAGAACCCAGAACUUGUCCCACAGAACUACAGUAUAGCAGGGCACGUUUAUAUUCAUCUGGUACAGUUUGUCAGCUGUUGCUGUGAUCAGAACACCAACCAGUUUGCGUUUGCACCAGUACCAUACUGUGUUGAUCCCAGCAGCACGGCCUUUGCCAUGUGCAGAAUCGAGAUUUAUAUACGCCUGUGUUCACAGAAAUGUGGUGAGAAAGCUGAAGGGGAUCACGUGGUUGGAGGAAGAUGGCAGGCAAGAGGAGGAAAGAAGGAUGUGGAGACAGCAGGUGUAGACGAUGAUACACGUGAACUGACCAAACGAGAGGUGGAAUACAUUGCCCUGUCAAGAGACACCACUGAAACUGACCUCAAACAGCGCCGGGAGAUCCGAGCUGGCACGGCUUUUUACAUAGACCAGUGUGCUGUUCGCGCUGCCACAGAAGGCAGGACGCUGGUUUUGGAAGGCUUGGAAAAGGCAGAGAGAAACGUGCUUCCAGUAUUGAACAACUUGUUGGAGAACCGGGAGAUGCAGCUUGAAGAUGGGCGCUUCCUGAUGUCUGCGGAGCGCUACGACAAGCUUCUCCAAGAUCACACUAAAGAAGAGUUGGAUGCUUGGAAGAUUGUCCGAGUUAGUGAACAUUUCCGAGUGAUUGCCUUGGGCUUGCCAGUGCCCAGGUACCCUGGGAAUCCGCUAGACCCCCCUCUCCGUUCUCGAUUUCAAGCCAGGGAUAUUUAUUUUCUACCCUUCAGGGACCAGCUAAACCUGUUGUAUUCAGUUGGAGCCAAUGUUUCUGCUGAGAAGGUUUCUCAGCUCCUGUCCUUUGCCACAACUCUCUGCUCCCAAGAAUCCUCUGCGCUUGGACUUCCAGACUUUCCUUUAGACAGUUUGCCAGCAGCGGUUCAAAUCCUGGACUCCUUUCCUAUGAUGUCAAUUGAACAUGCAAUCCAGUUGAUGUAUCCGUACACUAUUUUACUAGGACACGAAGGGAAGAUGGCUGUGGAAGGUGUUUUAAAACGCUUUGAGCUCCAAGGUUGUGGAAACUCUAUGCUUCCUAAGGACAUUGUAAGAGUGGAGAGGAUGACCGACAGCCACUGCUCCCAAGCUCACGUGACAAUCCGAGUGGCCGGAAAAGAGGCGACCAUUAAGGUGCCAGCUGGGACUAGAGCUGUCCAUCAGCCUGUUGCAUCUGACCGUUUCAUUCAGACUCCAAGCCACAAGCAGUUGCUGGCUGAAAUGAUGCAGUCUCACAUGGUGAAGGAUAUAUGUUUAAUUGGAGGAAAGGGUUGUGGCAAAACCGUCAUUGCUAAGAACUUUGCUGAUGUCUUAGGAUACAACAUAGAACCCAUCAUGCUCUAUCAGGAUAUGACAGCACGUGACCUGCUACAGCAGCGGUACACACUCCCCAACGGUGACACUGCCUGGAGAUCCUCACCCCUUGUGAAUGCUGCUCGGGAAGGCAAGCUGGUCCUGUUGGAUGGCAUUCACCGGGUCAACGCUGGCACGCUAGCUGUAUUGCAAAGACUAAUCCAUGACCGCGAGCUCAGCCUGUAUGAUGGAUCACGGCUUCUGAGAGAAGACAGGUACCUGAGCUUGAAGCAGAGACUACAGCUAACGGACGAGCAACUGCAGGACAGAUCCAUUUUUCCUAUUCACCCCUCCUUCAGAAUCAUCGCUUUGGCAGAGCCCCCCGUCGUUGGAAGCACCACACAGCAGUGGCUGGGACCAGAAUUCUUAACCAUGUUCUUUUUCCAUCACAUGAAGCCGCUUGUGAAAAGUGAAGAAAUCCAGGUGAUAAAGGAAAUGGUCCCAAAUGUACCUCAGGACGCUUUGGAGAAAUUGCUGUCAGUUACACACAAACUCAGGGAGACCCAGGAUCCGACAGCACAAUCCCUGGCAGGAUCGCUCUCCACCCGUCAGCUGCUGCGGAUCGCUCGCCGGCUGUCGCAGUAUCCCAACGAGAAUCUUCAUGAUGCCAUUACUAAAGCCUGCCUUUCCAGGUUCUUACCAAGCCUUGCUAGGUCAGCCCUGGAGAAGAAUCUGGCAGAUGCUGCAAUAGAAAUAAGUGCUGGCGACAGCCUGGAGACAGAGCUGGAGAACUACAAGUGUGAGAUAGUGUCCGGCUCUCUGUGGAUCGGCGCUGUCAGCGCACCAGUGUACAAUACCCAGGAGAAGAUGAAAGUGCCCGACGUUCUCUUCUAUGACAACGUUCAGCACAUGGUAGUGAUGGAAGACAUGCUCAAAGACUUUGUCCUUGGAGAACACUUGCUAUUGGUCGGGAACCAGGGUGUAGGAAAAAACAAGAUCAUGGACCGGUUCCUUCACUUGCUCAACAGACCCCGAGAAUACAUCCAGCUGCACAGGGACACCACAGUGCAGACGCUGACCCUGCAGCCCUCAGUGAAGGAUGGACUGAUUGUGUAUGAAGACUCACCUCUGGUUAAAGCGGUAAAGAUGGGUCAUAUUCUAGUAGUAGAUGAGGCAGACAAAGCACCAACAAAUGUCACCUGCAUUUUGAAAACUCUGGUAGAAAAUGGAGAAAUGAUUCUAGCAGAUGGAAGGCGCAUUGUUGCACAUGCUGCUAAUGUGGAUGGAAGAGAAAACGUUAUCGUGAUUCAUCCUGACUUUAGGAUGAUAGUUCUGGCCAACAGGCCUGGCUUCCCUUUCUUGGGCAAUGAUUUCUUUGGCACUUUAGGUGACAUCUUUAGCUGUCAUGCCAUUGAUAACCCCAAACCCCAUUCAGAGCUUGAGAUGCUCAAACAGUAUGGCCCAAAUGUGCCUGAACCCAUCCUUCAGAAGCUUGUGGCGGCCUUUGGAGAGCUGAGGAGCUUGGCUGACCAAGGGAUUAUUAACUAUCCUUAUUCUACCAGAGAAGUUGUCAACAUUGUCAAACAUUUACAGAAAUUUCCCAAUGAAGGGCUCUCCAGUGUGGUUCGAAAUGUGUUUGACUUUGACUCUUACAACAGCGACAUGCGGGAAAUUUUGAUGAACACUAUGCACAAAUAUGGGAUUCCAAUUGGAGCAAAACCUACCAAUGUGCAUCUGGCAAAGGAGUUGCCUCUCCCAGAGCAGACGUUCAUGGGCUACUGGAUAACCGGUCAGGUGGGGAAUGGGAUGCCAAAGACCUUGUGUCCAGUUGAAACGUCUCAUAUCGACGUAAAGGGUCCCGUGCUUGCAAACAUAGAAGAGUACCCAAUAGAAAGGCACGAAGCGAGAUUCCUAAACUUCACCGAAGAGUAUACCUCGUGGAGGUUUCCACUGGAUGAAGUUAAUUUAAUCUGCGACAUUGCGGUAUCACACGAAAAUGGGGAGCACAUCCUGUAUGUAGCUGCAUGCAAUCCCAUUUCCUUAUACUUUAUGAAUUUAACUGGGAAAAGUGGCUUCUUGGUGGACUUCUUUGACAUCUUCCCAAGAAUGACCAGUGGAUCCUGGAGACCAUUUGUGACAAUAGCACCGAUGGGAAGUCCGCUCAGGGGUCAAGUUGUCCUGCAUGAGGAACAGAGUAACGUCAUCCUCUUGUUAGACACCGCUGGCCGUGCUGUUCGCCAUCUCAUCCUUCCUGUAGAAGAAUCUGUGUCUAAGAAGUCUUCCUGGUGGAACAAGGAAGGCGGUGAGACUUACAGAAUGUGUAAAGAAUUUUCACACAAAAACUGGCUGGUAUUCUACAAACAAACAGGAGAUACCUUGAUUGUCCUGGAUGUUUUGGAAGGACGAACUCACACCAUCUCUCUUCCCAUCAACCUCAAGACAGUUUUCCUUGUAGCAGAGGACAAAUGGCUUCUUGUGGAGAACAAAACAAAUCAGAAAUACCUUUUGACUAAGCCUGCACACAUUGGUUCUGAGGACACUAGGGCUUGCCAGUUGUAUAUGUUGAAAGAAGAGCUGCCCAGCACAGGAUUUGGGGUCACACAAGAAACAGACUUCUGCAUACCUCAUAAAGUCUCGAGUGAGCAGCUGUCGUCUGAAAACCUAAGUUCAGCUGUGGGUCAGAAGAUCGCCUCUCCUAACCGAAUUCUCUCGGAUGAAAACAGCUAUGCUACUGUAGUUGUUGGCUUCCCAGAUCUCAUGUCACCCAGUGAGGUUUAUUCAUGGAAGAGGGCUUCGUCUUUGGAAAAGCGAAAUGUCACCAACACAGCAAUCUAUGGAGGGAAACGAACAAACGUUACCCCAAGGCACAGGAACUGUGUGACUCUCACGCACACUAACCAGGUGGUCAGGAUACUGCCUGCCGGAGAAGUCCCUCUGAAAGACAUCUUUCCAAAGGGUGUUACCCCCCCACAGACAGCUGGCUACAUAGAGGUUACUGAUCUUCAAGCAAAGAAACUCAGAUACAUCCCUGUCCCCAGUGCAGAGUUCCUCUCGCCGUACACCGCAUGGAUAUCUGCUGUUUCAGACACAGAUGCUCUACUGGCUGAGUGGGACACAAGCGGCAUCGUGACCGUUGAUAUGGGAGGGCACGUCAGGCUUUGGGAAACCGGACUUGAACGGCUACAGCAAUCGCUCAUGGAAUGGAGAAACAUGAUUGGACAAGACAGUGACAGACCUCUGCAGAUAACAAUCGAAAGAGACAGUAAUGAAGACGUGAGCGACCCUAAGCACGGCAAGGAGGACCCAGACAACAUGCCCCACGUGGGUGGCAACACCUGGGCUGGUGGAACAGGGGGAAGAGACACUGCAGGUCUUGGUGGCAAAGGGGGUCCUUAUCGCUUGGAUGCGGGCCACCCAGUGUAUCAGGUGUCCGAGGCAGAAAAGGAUGCCGUUCCUGAGCAUGUCAAGAGAGCUGCAAGAGAGAUGGCCCAGAAAGCAUUUCAGCAGAGGCUAAAGGAGAUCCAGAUGAGCGAGUAUGACGCCGCCACCUAUGAGAGGUUCUCUGGCGCGGUCCAGCAGCAGGUGCAUGCCCUUCGAGUCAUCCUGGAUAACUUACAGGCCAAAGGUAAAGAAAGACAGUGGCUAAGACACCAAGCUACUGGGGAACUAGACGAUGCCAAGAUCAUUGAUGGGCUGGCUGGAGAAAAAGCCAUCUACAAACGUCGGGGUGAUCUGGAACCUCAACUGGGUAGCCCACAGCAGAAACCCAAGCGCCUGCGCCUGGUGGUAGACGUUUCCGGCAGCAUGUACCGCUUCAAUGGGGUGGAUCGCCGGCUGGAGCGCUCCAUGGAGGCCGUGUGCAUGGUCAUGGAAGCCUUCGAGAACUACGAGGAGAAGUUCAAGUACGACAUCGCUGGACACUCAGGAGAUGGCUACAACAUUCGCCUUGUUUCAGCUAACAAAAUCCCCAAGGAUAACAAGCAGAGACUAGAAAUUCUGAAGACCAUGCAUGCCCACUCGCAGUUCUGCAUGAGCGGGGACCACACCCUCGAGGGGACAGAACACGCCAUCAAGGACAUUACCAAAGAAGAAGCUGAUGAAUACUUUGUUAUCAUCCUAAGCGACGCCAAUCUGUCGCGAUAUGGAAUAAACCCUGCCCGGUUCGCCCAGAUCCUAACAAGUGACCCUCAAGUUAAUGCCUUUGCCAUUUUUAUUGGCUCCUUAGGGGACCAAGCAGCCAGGCUCCAGAGAACUCUGCCAGCUGGCCGGUCUUUUGUCGCUAUGGACACCCAGAAGAUCCCUCAGAUUUUACAACAGAUCUUCACCUCCACCAUGCUGUCCAGUAUCUAAGAAGCACCCUUCACCACCCAGUACUGGAAGCCAAACGGAAGUAGAGAGAACUCUGAAAAGACAGCGGCCAUGCCAGUCUGGGCCGUGGCCGGACCUGCUGUCCAGCAGUGAGCGGACUUCUAAAUGGAAACGCACUCUGGAAGGGUUUAGGUCUGCAGAGGAAAUGGAUUGACCUGCAUUUCUUAAAAGGUCAGCGUUGAAGGAAGUAGGAGCAGGAACUACGGGGCUUGGUCCAAAACCAAAGGAUAAAAAAAUACCCACUUUUGCCUUAAUACGUCAUCUGUUGCCGGUUGCCACCCCAUAGCCAAGCCUUUAAGGCCAUAGCUGACCUUAGUCUGCAAGCCCCACCCAACACGUUCCUGUCUAGAAUUAUUUUUACUUUCUCUCCACUGUGUAUUGCCCAGCAAAUAACAAUUUUGCAGUCUUUAACCCACUGAAAAACAUCUGAGCAAUAGUACUUUAUAAGGUGUUAGAUUCUCUCUCAAAAAAAAAAAAAAAUCCCCUUUUCUUGACUGAAAAGGAACCAAAAGAUCCUCAGGGUGCCUGCUGUCCCAUGCGGCUUCUGGAUGGUUCUUCAGAUAAUAGAGAGCCAGUAUCCUACCCUCUCUCAAGGAUAAAAAUAUCCUGCCCCGAGUUCCCUGCAUCCUGCCUUUAGUGCUUUUCCAGAGUCCCACAGUGGAGAACACUUUGCUGUCCAAAUUGCAGCGAUGAAAGUAGCAAAUGCUUAUGAGAGAAAUUAUGUCUGACAGAUUACAUAAAGUUAAAAGGAAUACGUUUGGCUGAUGUUCACUGGAGAUUUCUUUAGGUUUAACUAAAGAAAAACAUACUUUUCUUUUCAGCUAAAUUUUCUUUCCAAGUAUACCUACUGACCUUUUUAGAAACACAUGUUCCAACAAGAUGGCUCUCACUAGCCGUCUAAUAAAAUGCUCUUCACAGCUGGCCAUGACGUCAGAAGUGCUGGGAGCGUCUGAUGUGUGUGCUUACUUACUGUAAGCUGGAGAAACUAAUCUCAUUGAUGUUACCCUAGGCAUGUACACUGUCAUUGUACGGGCCUGCAAAUUCAUUUCGCUUAACUAUAGGGCAAAAGAAAUGUCACCUUAUUCUAACGCCCCAUCUCCUGUUCAUCAGUUGUCACAGAAAUAAAAAGCAGCC